AUGAUAUUUCAGGACCUUAAAGUGGAAAUUGGAGAUUUACAGACAGAGAUAGCUGAACUGAAGGCAAAGAAACACCCAUUAACACUUGAUCACAUAAUUGACUGUGAACAAAAGAUGCUGAUGUACACAUCUUUGAAGGCAGAGAAAUUCAUCAUCAUCGACGCCACACAGAGAUUUCCCCUAAACUAUGUAGAUGGUUGGACACCGGGUAUCAUAUCAAAAUCAGAUCAGCUUCUUAUGUGCCUUAUGAAGCUCAAGUUAAAUAGCCCCCUCCUUGACCUUGCAGAGCGGUUUUGUACCAGCAAAACCACCAUUCACAACAUCUUUAUCACUUUUAUUUUUGCUCUCCAUGAAGUUUUCUUUCAGGGAAUGAUAGAAAAUAAUAUCCCAUCCCUUCUUAAGUGUAAGUCUUCCAUGCCUGCCAGUUUUGGAGAUUUCAGUUGUUGUAGGCUAGUUAUUGAUGCCACUGAAGUGACCCAAGAUGUUCCUGGACAGGACAUGAAGGCUCAAUCCCAGACUUACAGCUCUUAUAAAAACCGCCACACUGUAAAGUCUGUUACAGGUGUUGCCCCAAAUAGAGCAGUUGUUUACGUGAGUAAAUUGUAUCCUGGUAGUACAUCAGAUGUUGCUAUUGUAGAGCAUAGUAACAUGCUUGCUCAGUUGUCACCAGGAGACCUGAUUUUAUCUGAUAAAGGGUUCACCAUUCAUCCUUUACUCCCCCCAGGUGUCCACUUAAAUAUCCCACCAUUUUUAAAGGAUAAAGGGCAGUAUACCCCAGCUGAAGUACAGGUUUGCCGAAAAAUUGCAAGGUCUAGAAUUCAUGUGGAAAGGGUAAAUGAAAGAAUUAAAAACUUUGAAAUAUUGUCACACAUUCCGCAGCAGUAUAGACACAUAAGUACAAAGAUUUUCCAGGUGUGUUCAAUGUUAGUUAACUUCCAGGAACCUAUGAUUGCUGAAAUUGCAGAAAAUUUCAUGCCCAACGAGUAA